AUGAGAGGAAACGCAGCGAAGUUCACGUCUGAUGCUAACACUCAUGUCUCCACCAGGGUGAUGGGAACUUUUGGAUACUUGGCCCCAGAGUAUGCUGCAAGUGGAAAGCUCUCCGACAAAUCCGAUGUGUUUUCCUUCGGAGUAAUGCUUCUAGAGCUGAUUACAGGGCGCCGCCCUGUUGACACGACUCACACUUACAUGGACGACAGUCUGGUGGACUGGGCUCGGCCCUUACUUUCACGGGCUCUGGAGGAUGGAAACUACGACUCCUUGGUCGACCAAAAACUCGUAGACUACGACCACAACGAGAUGUCUCGCAUGGUCGCCUGUGCUGCCGCCUGUGUUCGCCACUCUGCUAGGCGUCGCCCACGCAUGAGCCAGGUAGUGCGAGCUCUAGAAGGAGAUGUAUCGCUAGCAGACCUCAACGAAGGGAUUAAACCAGGGCACAGCCGAAUGUAUUCAUACGAAAGCUCGGAUUAUGACACAAGCCAGUACAAUGAGGACAUGAAGAAGUUCAGGAAGAUGGCACUCGGCAGCAAAGAGUACGGUGCGAGCGACGAGUACAGCGGCCCUCCCACGAGCGAUUACGGGCUCUACCCUUCCGGAUCGAGCAGCGAAGGGCAGACGACAAGGGAAAUGGAGAUGGGGAAGGUGAAGAGAAACAGCCAAGGUUUCAGUGGAAGCUCUUGA